AUGGCUGCCAAGGACACUUUAUUGGCAGGCCCUUUGAUCUUGGGGAUGUUCUUUAACUGGGGUCUGCUAGGCAUGCUCAUCGUGCAAGUCUACAUUUAUCAUAUCUGCUUUCCUCGAGACCGCCUCACUAUGAAAUGCUUUGUCUACGCCGUGUUGGCCUGCGAGAUAGUCCAAACCGGUCUCCUUACAGCUGAUUCAUUUGAUAAUUGGGUAUAUGGCUAUGGUAACAUCGACGCGCUGGCCACUUUCCACAAUGGCUGGUUCAGCGUCCCUGUCAUAUGCGGCGUGCUAUCAGCGGGAGUCCAAAUGUUUUUUGCGUGGCGCAUCUACGUGCUGUCAAGAGCUCGUCUGCUAGUUGGUGCCAUAGUUAUCGUUGCAUUUGCACAGAUGUCAGCUGCCAUCGCCAGCGGUGUGAAGCUGAAACUAUUGCCCGCCGCCGCCGAUCAAGGACAAGCCACGCCUUAUAUUGAUGCAUGGCUGGUUGGAAGUGUAUUUACGGAUAUAGUCAUUGCUGUCUCCAUGACAUACCUCCUGUCACGAUCCAAGACUGGUGUGAAACGCUCCGAUGCCAUGCUCAAUCAACUCAUUAUUUUGGUCGUGGAGACUGGCUCCUUGACUGCAACUAUCGCGACAAUAGACCUGAUCGUCUUCAACGUGACGCUGAAAACGUACCUCCACACGUGCCUAGUGAUGAUGCUCUCAAAGUUAUAUUCGAACACCCUGCUUAUCAACUUCAACAAUCGGGCCAGGAUGCUGCAGUCCGGAGAGGUUAUCUCCAUGUCUACUUUCAAUGCUGCGAAUCACACGUUUUUAUCUGGGUCGGAGUCAAAGCGCACCGACAGCGCCAUCCCGAGCAAUGCGUUCCAUGUGGAGGUUACACAGGAGAUAUGUACAGGAGAUGCACAGAAGGCUGGCAUGGCCUUCGCUCCUUCAGACAGUACCUCCAGUGAAUUCAAGGACCAUCACAACCAUUCUGUUGUUUAA